AUGGCUGUGACGCAUGCUGAUCUUGCUCCGAGUCGACGAAGGUCUGACCUAGGCAGCAAAACUGGUGCAUUUUUAAUGGUUUUCUCUAUACUAUUAGGCCUCGUUUCCUUCAUUCUCUGUCUCAUAUCCGAGGCCAGCCGUUCCCAGAUGAUAUGGGAGGCAUCGAGCGGUGAAGGGAAAGUUAUAAAAUCUGAGUGUACAUAUUCAAGUAGUGGCAAAAUCCCUCUAUUGUUUGCAACCGGUGCGUUUUUUGCUCUAGCAAUGGCAAUGGUGAUACAGCAUACGUAUCUAUUGGUCGCGUUGAGUAAAUCGGAUUCUCUGCUUGCAAUUACUUGGGACCCUGAUUCUGAUGUUGCCAAGAGUCUCACAUGGCAAGCCGGAUUUUUCUUCGUUACAACUUGGGUAUGUUUUGCUGUUGGAGAAAUUUUGUUACUAAUCGGUCUAAGUGUUGAGUCGGGACAUCUGAAAAAUUGGCAAAUGCCACGAGAGAGCUGCCUAAUCAUUCGCGAAGGAUUGUUCACGGCUGCUGGUGUGUUUGGUCUAUUAACUGUCUUUCUUGCUUCUGGUUUAUACAUCACUGCCCUGCGAGCACAAUUGCAUACACAAGAUCAAGUAAAUACGCAUCGGGAACUUUUGGAGGCCUCGGUCCUGUACGCAUCUCCGCCGAGGUCGCCUAGAAGAACCAUCCGAGCAGUUCCUAAUGAGAAUCCUACUGCAAGACAAGAUCAGAAUUUACAUACAUUGAACGACUACUUAACAGCCUUUGACAAACAUUCAAAUUUGGUUUAA